AGGCAAACCCGAGCCGAAGUUCGCAAACCACCCCUGGCCUCUCGAGCUUUGCUUUAUCUCCAUUCAAACACUGAGCCUAAGAUUAAAAAAACAUAACGCACAUCUACUCUCACUCAAGCAGACGAAAAUGGCGACAGAAUCAGUGCGAGUGUCUGCUUCUUCAGUUUGUAGUUUCAGUAUAAAUGGGUCUCAGAGAAGGGCUGCAAUCCCUCUCUCUCCGGCUCGCUUUCUUGGUCUGCGUCCUCGACGACCACUCUCUUCUUCUUUCACUUCAUCAUCUUCUUCUUCCCAGCUCAUUAACGCCGUGCGCUUCAUAUCAACAUCUUCGAAGCCCUCCACUUUGCGGAGCAGAAGAGAUUUCUCUGUCUUCGCCAUGGCUGCUGACGCAGAGUCAAAGCGUGCAGUGCCGUUGAAUGAUUAUCGCAAUAUUGGAAUUAUGGCUCACAUAGAUGCAGGAAAAACCACUACAACCGAAAGGAUUCUUUACUAUACAGGAAGAAACUAUAAAAUAGGUGAGGUACAUGAAGGAACGGCUACAAUGGACUGGAUGGAGCAAGAACAAGAAAGAGGGAUUACUAUAACAUCUGCUGCAACUACCACAUUCUGGAACAAACACCGGAUUAACAUUAUUGAUACUCCCGGCCAUGUCGACUUCACUCUUGAAGUGGAGCGGGCUCUCAGGGUAUUGGAUGGUGCUAUAUGCUUGUUUGAUAGUGUUGCUGGUGUAGAACCACAAUCUGAAACUGUGUGGAGGCAAGCUGAUAAAUAUGGGGUACCCAGAAUUUGCUUUGUCAAUAAGAUGGACCGUCUUGGGGCAAACUUUUUCCGCACAAGAGACAUGAUUGUGACAAAUUUGGGUGCUAAACCACUGGUGAUUCAAAUACCAAUUGGUUCAGAAGAUAAUUUUAAGGGAGUCAUUGAUCUUGUGAAGAUGAAAGCUAUAAUUUGGUCAGGUGAAGAGUUGGGUGCUACGUUUGUGUACGAGGAUAUACCAGCAGAUCUUCAGGAACUGGCACAAGAGUAUCGAUCACAGAUGAUAGAAACCAUAGUUGAGUUAGAUGAUCAAGCUAUGGAGGGCUACCUAGAAGGAGUUGAACCUGAUGAGGAAACUAUUAAGAAAUUAAUUAGGAAGGGAACCAUCUCAAGCAGUUUUGUCCCAGUAUUAUGCGGCUCAGCUUUUAAAAAUAAGGGAGUUCAACCACUGCUUGAUGCUGUUGUGGAUUAUUUGCCUUCUCCAAUUGACGUGCCGCCAAUGAAAGGGACUGACCCAGAAAACCCGGAAUUGACACUUGAAAGGGCUGCAAGUGAUGAUGAACCAUUCUCCGGACUUGCUUUCAAGAUCAUGAGUGAUCCAUUUGUGGGAUCUCUUACAUUUGUGAGAGUGUAUGCAGGGAAACUUUCUGCAGGAUCGUAUGUAAUGAAUGCAAACAAAGGGAAAAAAGAGAGGAUUGGUAGGCUUCUAGAAAUGCAUGCAAAUAGUAGAGAGGACGUUAAGGUAGCUUUAACAGGUGACAUUGUUGCUCUUGGUGGUCUAAAAGAUACCGUCACAGGAGAAACACUGUGUGAUCCUGAGAAUCCUAUUGUGCUUGAACGGAUGGACUUCCCCGAUCCUGUGAUUAAGGUUGCAAUUGAACCCAAGACUAAAGCUGAUGUUGAUAAGAUGGGAGUGGGGUUGGUCAAACUUGCUCAAGAAGACCCUUCUUUCCACUUCUCACGAGAUGAAGAGAUCAACCAAACAGUAAUUGAAGGGAUGGGGGAGUUGCACCUUGAGAUUAUUGUUGAUCGGCUCAAGAGGGAGUUUAAGGUAGAAGCUAAUGUUGGUGCGCCCCAAGUAAACUACCGAGAAAGCAUUUCUAGAGUCUCAGAAGUGAAGUAUGUUCACAAGAAACAGUCUGGUGGACAAGGUCAGUUUGCUGAUAUUACUGUACGGUUUGAACCCAUGGAACCAGGUAGCGGAUAUGAAUUCAAGAGUGAAAUCAAGGGAGGGGCAGUGCCUAGAGAGUACAUUCCAGGAGUGAUGAAAGGUUUGGAGGAGUGUAUGAGUAAUGGUGUGCUUGCAGGCUUCCCUGUCGUUGAUGUACGUGCUGCUCUAGUAGAUGGUUCUUACCAUGAUGUCGAUUCAAGUGUACUGGCAUUCCAGCUUGCAGCCAGAGGAGCUUUUCGUGAAGGGAUGAGGAAGGCUGGCCCAAAGAUGCUUGAACCUAUAAUGAAAGUUGAAGUUGUUACACCUGAAGAACAUUUAGGAGAUGUGAUUGGUGAUCUAAACUCGAGGAGAGGUCAGAUCAACAGCUUUGGUGACAAACCUGGUGGUCUCAAGGUGGUUGAUUCGUUGGUACCUUUGGCAGAGAUGUUCCAAUAUGUUAGUACACUCCGAGGGAUGACAAAAGGCCGUGCAUCCUACACCAUGCAAUUAGCCAAGUUUGAUGUUGUUCCUCAAUACAUCCAGGAUCAGCUAGCUGCUAAGGAGCAACAGGUCGCUGCUUAAAUUGUUCUCUUCAAGAACAGGGGAGCAAUAUAUUUUUGGCAUAUUAAAUUUUGAAUGUUCGCUUCAUCAUUCCCUUUCCCCAAAACCUAUAAUUCUUCUGUACCAUUUCAUAAAUCAAUGUGACUGAAGGUUACCCAAA